AUGUCGAUGGACAUCGACUCUGUCCCUCUCCCCGAACACCGCCCUACCACUGCCGCGACAGUCCUCUGCUACAACUGUGGCGCCCCGAUCGAUGGCACUCAGGCGGCCGGCGCUCUCUGCUCGGACUGCCUGAGACUCACAUCUGAUAUCACAUCUGGAAUUGAAAGAGAUGGCGUGCUUCACAUGUGUCGAGACUGCGACAGAUGGCACUCUCCGCCUAGUUCGUGGGUUGUUGCUGCGCCAGAGUCCAGAGAACUGCUUGCAUUGUGUCUGCGGAAGCUCAGAGGCCUGAACAAGACCCGGAUAAUAGACGCCUCCUUCAUCUGGACCGAGCCGCACUCGAGACGGAUAAAGGUCAAGAUCACCGUGCAGUCCGAAGCAUCGCAAGGCACGAUAUUACAGCAGACCUUCGAUGUCGAGUUCGUUCAGCAGUACAAGCAAUGCCCCGAUUGCCAGAAGUCAUACACGCACAACACAUGGCGAGCCGUCGUGCAGGUCCGACAAAAGGUCCCUCACAAGCGAACCUUCCUCUACCUCGAACAGCUCAUCCUGAAGCAGGGAGCGCACAAGGAGACGAUCAACAUCAAGGAAGUGCCGAAUGGCAUAGACUUCUACUUCGCGCAGAAGAAUCAUGCGGAGAAGUUUGUAGACUUUCUGCAUUCCGUCACGCCGGUGCGGACGAAGAAGAGCCAAGAGUUGAUUUCCAUGGAUGUGCACACCUCGUCAAAGUCGUAUAAGUUUUCAUUCUCAUGCGAACUGGUACCGAUUUGCAAAGACGACCUGGUUGCGCUACCGAUCAAGUUGGCCAAGCAGAUUGGUAACAUCUCGCCCCUGUGCAUCUGCUAUCGCAUUGGCACUUCCGUGAACUUUCUGGACCCCAACACAUUACAAUUCGCAGAUCUCAGCACGCCCAUCUACUGGAGAACGCCUUUUGCGCCUUUGGCAGAUGUUCAAGAGCUUGUCGAGUUUGUGGUUAUGGAUAUCGAGCCCAUCGGACCGCAGAAAGGCCGCUUCCUCCUUGCGGAUGCCACCGUCGCUCGCGCAUCUGAUCUCGGCGUCAACGACACGACAUACAACAUCCGGACACAUCUUGGCAGCAUCCUGAACGCGGGCGACACUGCUAUGGGCUAUCACCUCACUGGAACCCAGUUCAACAACCCGAACUUUGAAGCGAUCGAAGAGUCCAAGCAAUACUCGGGCCAAAUACCAGACGUCAUCCUGGUCAAGAAGCACUUUGAGCGCCGCAAGAAGCGAGGCGCCAAUGCCCGCAACUGGAAGCUGAGACGCAUGGCUCGCGAGGAGAGCGACAUGAAGCCCAGGAAACAGGAUGCUGACAGGGACGAGAUCGACUACGAACAGUUCUUGCAAGAUCUUGAAGCUGACCCAGAGCUGCGACAAGGCCUGAACAUGUAUAGGAACCACAACGUACAGCAGAGUAAGGGCGAUGACAUGGAAACGGAUGGCGAGGACGACGGUUUUGAGAUUCCGAUGGAACAGCUCAUUGAUGAGAUGGAAGACAUGGGCAUGGAGGAUGUGGAUGAGGAUGAGGAUGAGGAUGAAGACGAAGAGUGA